CGUGUCCCCGCAGGGUCCCUGACGGUGGCCGCGGGCUGGCUGUGCCCGCUGCGGGUGGUGCGGAGGGUGACGCUGCUCCGGGGGGGCUCCCGGGUGACUCUGCAGACCCACGGCCCGCUGGGUUUGGGGAGCGGCGAGACCCUCACGGUUCCCCUGCGCGACGUGUCCGCCCGCGCCCACCGCGCCGAGGCCGCGGCCGCCGUGCCCGUGCGGGUGCGGGGCCGCCCCUUCUUCUUCCUGCUCGACAAGAGGGGGCUCGUCGGGGACCCCUGGCUCUUCGACCUCACCGUGGGCGCCUACCGCAAGUUCUAAGGGGGGGGGGGGGGGGCCCGGGUGGGGAGGGCAGCUCGUGGGACCCCCAAAUAAACACG